AUGUACGACUUCGAAGGAUCAACAGCCUCUACCCAAACGUUGUCGACGUACUUACACAAGAUCACUGUCUCUAAUGUCUAUAGAAUGUUUUUCAAUUAUACGCAGGUGUUGCAGGUUUGUACGCCAGAUACGAAUGCCAGAGCGAACCUCAAAAUAGUCAAAGUACCCACUUUCAGCGCGAUACCCACCAGUGUUGCACAACCUACAGCAUUUAUGGAGGAUAAAUUGCCUAAGUCAUUUCAUGACUUCUACCUGGUCUGUUUCAGAAACCCUACAGAAGACCAUGACUACAUUCACGCAAACUGGGUUGAUGGUUAUCGAGAACCGAAGAAAUUCAUCCUUACUCAAGCGCCAUUAGCGCAUACAAUCUACCAAUUUUGGAACAUGGUAUGGCAAGAGAAAAGUGUGCUUGUAGUGUCCAUGAUACAAAUGUUUGACAUCAACGGCGCAGAGGUAGUUCCAAGAAUAUAUGACGAACCUCGGAAUAGUCUAACUUUUUCACGUAUUUUUGAUGACAUUAAAUUGGUUCAUUGUGGAACCCAAUGUAUACGACGGAGCUACGAUGCCACGAUACUCAAGGUUCGUGUCAACUUCCGUUCCAUCUGA